UUUGUUGCUGGUGCAACGAGAAUAGGGUGGCAACUCCGCCGUGUGUUAUAACACUCGUUGUGGCGCAGCCAACUUAACGCAGCGAUUCUUCGACAGCUCACAGGAUGAUGAUGCAACGCACCCAGCUCUUGCUGCCCCUGGCCGUGGAGGCCACCGUGUUGGCCCAGCAGCAGCGUGGCAUGGCCACCCUGAAGGCUAUUUCCAUCCGCCUGAAGUCCGUGAAGAACAUUCAGAAAAUUACGCAAUCGAUGAAGAUGGUGUCCGCUGCCAAGUACGCUCGUGCCGAGCGCGACUUGAAGGCGGCGCGUCCUUACGGAGUCGCCCAGCAGUUCUUCGAGAAGACUGAGAUCCAGCCCGACGAGAAGGCCGAGCCCAAGAAGCUGCUCAUCGCAGUGACUUCGGAUCGUGGCCUGUGCGGCGCUGUGCACACUGGCGUGGCUCGCCAGAUCCGCGGCGAGCUGGCCCAGGAUGAGCAGAACACCAAGGUGUUCUGCGUUGGCGACAAGUCGCGUUCGAUUCUUUCCCGUCUGUACGGCAAGAACAUCCUGAUGGUGGCCAACGAGGUCGGUCGCCUGCCGCCCACUUUCCUCGACGCCUCGAAGAUUGCGCACGAGGUGCUGCAGACCGGUUACGACUACACCGAGGGCAAGAUCUACUACAAUCGAUUCAAGUCCGUGGUGUCCUACCAGUGCACUUCACUGCCAAUCUACAGCGGCUCCACCGUUGAGAAGUCCGAGAAGCUGGCCGUGUACGACUCGCUCGACAGCGAUGUUGUCAAGAGCUACCUCGAGUUUUCGCUGGCCUCGCUCAUCUUUUACUGCAUGAAGGAGGGCGCCUGCUCUGAGCAGUCCUCUCGCAUGACGGCCAUGGACAACGCCUCGAAGAACGCCGGUGAGAUGAUUGACAAGCUUACCCUCACCUUCAACCGCACCCGACAGGCUGUCAUCACUCGCGAGCUGAUUGAAAUCAUCUCUGGUGCCGCCGCCCUCACAUAAGCGGUGUCCCAUACUGUGUGUGUGCUCCCCGAGAAAGCAGUUCGAACGGCUCCAACGAUACAUAAAUGCAUAUAUACGGUGCCAGGCACCGGAGCGACGCCUGGAACCCUAUUAAAGUUACACUUUCAGAAUAACUCCAAGAAUAAAUAGCGUGGAACGAACGAAAAAACCCUUA